CUUUCUCUCCUCCUGCAUUAAACCCUCAGGACGGACUCGGCCAGACACUCAGAGUAGAGGUUCUGUUUUCCUGCUUGGACUGAGGAAGGGGUUGACUCAGCUUGUCCGAACUUCAGAGUUCUUCUCUUUACUACUGAGAAGCUUCCAUGGUUCAGCUGGAAUGAGACGCAGGAAGAACAGGAGGUUCUGAUGGAGAGAGACCGUCAGCCUUAGGAUCGAGGGCUUUUUUUGAGGCAUGGAGAAGGCAUCAUCUGCAGAUGACUGUCUGCCAUUUGGCCCAGCUGUAGGUCCGUGAUGGCCGCAGAGCUUCCUUCAGGUGGAGGAGAUGAAGCCCGAUUCAGACGCCACGUUGGUCGUCAUGGCCUCCCUGGAUGGAAGUACAGCGGUUGAGACGUUUCUGGCAGCCAUUCAUCUGGAGAGGUACCUACACACCUUCCGCCAAGCCGGCCUCCUAUUGGCCAGAGACUUCUCCCACCUGGACCAUGACGCCUUGGUCAGUUUGGGCGUAACAGCCACAGGACACAGGAAGAGAAUCCUGCGAUUGGUCAACCACAUCCAGAGGAGACAAGGUCAACGAGCCAGUCAGAUGGCAGAUCUUCCAUCUGACUUCUCAGAGGGAGGAAACAACACUGCAUCACUUCAGCAGUCAGGUGGACCUGGAAACAGCCCCAACACUGAAUGUAGGUUGAUGAACCCAGACAGAGCAGCUAUGAAACCAGUUCCUAAACCAAGGACUGUGUUCAACCGCCGCAGGACGGCGCCUGUUCAAUUCAGUCCUCCAGCAGACUCUGCAGGAUCAUCACCUAGGAGGAUGUCACAGGAGUCCAUAUGCUUCACUGUGCUGGAGGAUCUGACUACAGAGGCCUUGCCUGGUAAGGGUCAGAUCAUUGAGGCCACAUCCAAACCUGCUAGCAGUCCCACUUCAGAAGCAGCUCCCACAUCUUCAGAAAGCAGGAGACCCAGCCAAGUUGGCAGAACUAGGCCCAGUCGCAGUCUUUCUCUUUCCGAUGCUGUUGGGUCAGUACCUCCUGUUCCCCCAAGGCUGAACCGCAGCACUGGUGCCUCUGUGACAUCGCCCUCCUCCUCCUCUACAGAGAGGAGACUGUUAUCCUCUAUUCCAGGUCGCCCUGGAAGUCUGGAAGGAAUCAGACUCUCUGGAUCCUCAGUUUCUCCCAGAGGGGGUAGCAUGGAGAUGGUCUCUAAUGAGAUUUACUGGGGCACCUCUCCGAGCUCUGCUGCCAUCAGUGGAGGAAGGAGUUACAGUUGUCAACAGGCAGGUCCCCCGACACCGCCCAGAAACCUGGAUCGGAACCAGAACAAGAACUCUGGGGGGAACCUGGACCGGAACAGCGGCAGCACUUUGAGUAACAACUCUUCAGGAUCAGCCAGAGCCUCCACAGAUGACCCAGAAGAGGAGAUUAGUCCAUAUUGCGAGGCUGUCUUCCAGACCAGAAGAUCCCCAACUGCCUCUGAGAGCGAUCAAAGCCGAUCAGAUGGCAGAGAAACCAGAAUAGAGGAAGGGAGACCAACCGAGGAUCAUGGGUGUCAUAAGUUUUCCUGGACAAAGCGUCUGUCGCAGGCAUUUCACUCAGGAGAUUCUCAGGGUUACAGCACUGUCGGCGAAGCUCCGCCCUCUCUUCGCUGGUCUUCUCUGCCCCCCCACACUUUUCCCCCUGAGGCUGACGAUGACCUGACCAUCUCCCCCUACGCCAGCUACACAUCGUUAACUGAAAGAGCCCCGCCCAUUAUUAGUGGCUGGCUGGACAAGUUGUCACCACAGGGGAAUUACGUUUUCCAGAAGCGCUUUGUGAAGUUUGACGGGAAGAACCUGAUGUACUUCGGCAGUGAAAAGGAUGUCUACCCUAAAGGAGUAAUCCCAUUGGCUGCCAUCCAGAUGGCCCGCCCAGCCAAAGACAACAAGUUUGAGAUAGUGACGAGUCACAGGAUAUUUGUGUUUCGGACCGAUAAUGAGGUGCUGAGGCGGCGCUGGGUUGCCACUCUACAGGAACACGUCAGAGAUCAUCAGGUGUUUGGUCGGCGCCGCUUUGGACCCGGAUCUCACUGCCAGAAACAUGGUGUCCUAGAGCUCAAAGGAACAAAAUCCAAAGUUUAUGCUGCCAUUAACACAGACCAAAUCUGGCUCUACAAGAGCGAGCAGUGCUUCCGAAACGGAAUUGGUAUCACUGUGAUCGAAGCCCGCGGUGCAACGAUCCGAGACGGAAAGCACAGGAGCUUUGACCUCAUCACUCCCUACAAAACCUUUAGCUUCACGGCUGAGUCAGACCGGGAGAAGCGGGACUGGAUGGAGGCUUUGCAGGAGGUGAUUGCAGAGACUCUAUCCGAUUAUGAGGUAGCUGAGAAGAUCUGGUCAAAUCGAUCAAACAGGAUGUGUGCUGACUGUAAGGCCCUGAACCCGGACUGGGCCUCCAUCAAUCUCUGCGUGGUCAUCUGUAAGAACUGUGCAGGGCAGCACAGAGGUUUGGGGACAAUGGUUUCUAAAGUCCAAAGUCUCAAACUUGACACCAGUGUUUGGAGCAAUGAGAUUGUUCAGCUGUUCAUCAUGCUGGGUAACGACCGGGCCAACGACUUCUGGGCGGCCCACCUCUCUGUGUCUGAGGAGUUAGACUGUGACGCUACACCGGAGCAGAGAAGGGAGUUCAUCAGCCAGAAGUACAGAGAGGGUCGGUUCCGUCUGGCCCACCCAGCAUUCAACAGUCAGGAGGAGCUCCUUAAGGUCCUCUGCUCCUCCGUCUCUGAACAGACUCUCCUGAAAACUGUCACUCAGAUUUUCUCAGAGGCCGCUCGGCUCGCCGCCGACUCGGACCAUCGUCAGCAGCAGCAUUGCCUGGAGCACCUGAGCCCAUCAGACCCCAGCGUUUAUGAUGAGAUCAUGCAGCCCAUCCUUCACUCUGGUUUCCUCUACAAGGCCUCUUCACUCAGCAAAGGAACACUGUCCAGGAAAACCCGGGAAGACUUCCAGAAGUUCUGGUGCUCCGUUGAUCAGUCUCUGGUUCUGUAUGAGUCAGAACACUCGGCGGACCCCUGCCUGCAGAUCAAUGUCAAGGACAUUGUGUGCCUGGGGGUCAGUCGACCUGACGCAGCAAGCAACAACAACGGAUUCAUUGACAGGUUCCGCUACACCUUUGAGGUAUAUGUGGCAUCAGAGAAGCUGUUCCUGUUUGGGUUGGAGACAGCCGAUGCGCUGCACAGCUGGACUAAAGCCAUUGGACAGGCUGCCACGCCGCUCAGCUGUCAUUGCCUGCUGACCCGGGAGUUUGAGCGGGUUGGGCUCCUGCGGUACCGAGCCAUGUUGGAUCCUCAACAGUGGAAAGAAGCCUACUUCGUCCUGCAGAAGUCGAACCUUUUCAUCUGCCCCCGGAACGACGGAGCGGCUGAGGACAUCAUCAACCUAAACCGGCUGCAGGAACUCAGUAUCACUUCAGAGAAUGAGAAUCACGAGAAGAAAGAGAUUCUGGUUCUGGUGGAGAAGGGAAGGACUCUCCACCUGCAGGGUGUGGGGCGCACAGACUUUCCUUUGUGGUACUCGGACAUCCAGCGAGCAGCCGGCGGAAAAGGGAAUGCUCUGCGGGAGCAGCAGAUGAGCCGGAGCGACAUUCCCAUCAUUGUGGACAGCUGCAUCGCCUUCACCACGCAGUAUGGUCUGGGCCAUGAGGGGAUCUACAGGAAGAAUGGAGCCAAGUCCAGGAUCCGGCUGCUGAUGGACGAGUUCCGGAAAGACGCUAGGAAUGUUAAACUGCGGAUCGGUGACCAUUUCAUUGAGGAUGUUACUGACGUGCUGAAGAGGUUCUUCAGAGAAAUCGAUGACCCGAUUUUCAUGGCUGAGCUACACCCAGUGUGGCAAGAGGCUGCAAAAAUCCCUCAGAAGCGUUCCAGGUUGGACCGUUACAAAGAGAUCAUCCGGAGUCUUCCUCGGGUAAACCGGACCACUCUGGCUGCCCUAAUCAGUCACCUUUAUAGGGUCCAGAAGUGUGCUGACCUGAACCAGAUGUGCACCAAGAACCUCUCCUUGCUGUUUGCUCCCAGCUUGUUUCAGACCGAUGGGAAGGGUGAGCACGAGGUGAAGAUCGUUGAGGAUUUGAUCGAUAACUACCUGUACGUCUUUGAGAUUGACGAGGAUCAUCAGACUCAGAUUGAGCUGGAAAUCAGCCUCAUCACCAGCUGGAAGGAUACACAGCUCUCUCAGGCCGGUGACCUCAUCAUUGAAGUCUACCUGGAGAUGAAGAUCCCAGACUGCUGUAUCACUCUGAAAGUGUCCCCCACCAUGUGUGCCGAGGAGUUGACCAACCAGGUUCUGUACAUGAGGAAUGUCCCGGCUGGAGAGAAGGACGUCUGGAUGACGUUCGAGGCCAUCGAGGACGGCCAGCUGGAACGUCCGUUACAUCCCAAAGAGAAGGUUCUGGAGCAGGCGCUGCAGUGGUGCAAGAUGGCUGACCCCAGCUCUGCCUUCCUGGUGGUGAAGAAGGUUCCUAAAGGAGAGGGCAUCAAUAUCCUCACCUCUUAUAAGAGUGAGAUCAUGAAGGUUGGGCUGCUGCGGUGCCGUGAAGAACCUCCCAAGCUCCUUCAGGGAAACCGGUUCCAGGAGAGAACGUUCCAGAUCCGAGACCAUAAACUGCUGCUGCUCAAAGACAAAAGGAGCAUCAAACCUGAGAAGGAGUGGGCCCUGAAGACCAUGAAGAUCUACAUCGGGAUCCGCAGGAAGCUGAAAGCUCCAAGCAGGUGGGGCUUCACCGUGAUAUCAGAUAAACACCAGCUGUUCCUGUGCUGCAGCAGUGAGGCCGAGUUGUGGGACUGGGUCACCAGCUUCCUCAGAGCUCAGAAUGAUGAUCCAGAUCCUCCCGUGCUGCGGCGCCAUUCCUCCUCCGACAUCUCCAAGCAGAAGUUUGGUACCAUGCCACUGGUUCCCAUCAGAGGAAAUGAGAGAAACAGCAGCAUGCUGUCAGCCAAUCAGACCCUGAGAAAAUUACAUGAUAGGAGGACGCUGUCCAUGUACUUUCCAAUGAAGGUCCAGCAAGACUUGUUUGAGGAGCGUGCAGAGUCUCCAGACCUUCCUGAGCCACUCUAUGAGGAGGUGGGGGACUUUGGACUGCAGGUUCUGAAAUCCCUGGAGACCAGCUUCAGGUCCAGCAGCAUCGCAGAGACCCAGGAGGUCCCGGACCAGCCUCCACUCAGACUGGUCCUAUCAGAGAGCGGCCAUCUGGACCACAUUAUCAUCCCAGAGGAGGUCCAAAAAGCACCAGGUUCUGAUGAAACGCUGGAGCAGAGCAGCAAUGGAGGAGGAACAAACUGCAGUACUACUAAUCAGCCAGCAGGAGGAAGAAUGCAGCCACUGCCAGGAGGCUGCACACCUUCACAGGAGCUGCUCCUGCAGGAGCUGUCCUCCGCCUUCAACAAGAACACUGAUGAGGAGGAGCGGGAGGAAGAGGAGCAGAAGGAGGAGAAGCUGUAUGAUGUCUGAAGGAGCAGCACCAGCAGGUGGGAGAACUUUGAAACGGGAAGAUCAGAACCUUUAGGAAGCUCAGCUACAAGUUCUUAUCAGAGGACGAAGCCAGUAAGCCUGAUGAGGGUUCAGCUCAGGUGGACCAAUCAGAACCAGGCAGGUUCCUUCAGAACUGUGGACAAGUGAUACUGUAGCUGCGGAGGUAAUGACGUCAUAACCAUCAGGUGACAGGAAGGUCAGCUCAGAUGGGAAUGUUUGGGACACACAUGGAUUUUUUUUCUUUAUUUACGGGUUCUGUUUAGAUUUUGUGGACUGGAUGGGUUCUGAUAGAACUGAUGAGUGCAGUGAGGUUGCUUCUCUGGACCAAAAUUAAAAUCUUCAAUAAAACAUCCUGAGAACUUUGCAGUCCGAGCCUAAAACUGAAAGGGUCUGAUCGGUUUAUCAGAGGACCAGAUUGACAGGAGAAACAUGCCCUGAUGUUGGGGAGGGGGGAGAAGAAGAAGAAAAUUGUGCAGAACCGAGCAUGAAUGAAGCUGUGAACAAUAAAGAUCUCGUCUUGA